AUGUCCACGGUUGUCCACGUUGCUCUGCCUAGCUUACACCCCUUGCUAACUGGUGCGCGAGAGGUCACAUUUGAGCCACUGAUGGACCCAGCUGCUUCCAGUAUCACAGAGGAGAAGCUUUCAGCUGAUGGAUGCCAGGUGUCAGUCAAAGGCCAUGGUGCAGGCCUGACCUUAAUGAACUUCAAGUAUAAGGAGUUGGUCAGAUGUGAGUAUGCAUAUGUGACAGAGUAUAACUCCCUCCCUGGUGAACAUGUGCUGCUGACUGACCGCUACACUGAGCUGCUGAUCAUUCAGAGACACAAAGAACGGAGUGAGAGAGAGAAAGAGUUUAGAUCUAGAGGGCAAACAUCCCACAGUGCCAGAGACAGUGAGCAGUACAGUAACAUCACUGUGGAGAAGUUUCUCAGUCCAGAUGAUCAUGGACUCAUUCCAAAAGGAGUUAUUCUCCAGGGAAACUCGGGAAUUGGCAAAUCCUUCACUGCUCUGAAGAUUAUGUUGGACUGGGCAUCUGAUAAACUCUAUGCAGAGAAUUUUGAUUUUAUUUUUCACCUAAAGUGUAAAGAGAUCAACCAAAUUUCUGGAGAGAAGAGUCUGGUGGAGCUCCUGAGAUACAGUCAGAGUUUAACACCAGCACAGAUCUCACAGAUAUUACAGCACUCACCAGAGAGAGUUCUCUUCCUCAUAGACGGCUUUGAUGAACUCCAACUCUCACAAGACAACAUAUCCGCCCUGUCUCUGCCCACUGAUGUCCAAACUCCAGCCUCACCUGAGUCCACUCUGAAAGCCCUGCUGAGUGGACACCUGCUGCCUGAGUGCUUCCUGCUGGUCACCACCAGGUCUACAGCUACAGACACACUGGGCAAGCUGCUCAAAAAACCUCAGCGUUUCACAGAGAUUAUGGGCUUCUCUGAGAGGGGGGUGGAGGAGUACUUCCAGAGGUUCUUUAAAGAUGAUCAGCUCUUACAGACACAGGCAUAUGAGCUUGUGAAGGCAAACGAAACCCUCUUCACUGCCUGCUUCAUCCCUGUGAUCUGCUGGAUUAUCUGCACAGUUUUCAGGGAGAGAUACAAAGAUGGCAAAAAUACAGUGCAUGAUUUGGAUACAGCCACCUCCAUAUAUGUUGACUUUGUGUCCACUCUGCUGGAUCACCACUGCCAGGGUUUGAGUCAGUCUGUCCUCAGCCUGCUGAGGAGUCUGGGCCAGCUGGCAGAGAGAGGGAUGCUGGAACAGCAAGUCCUGUUUGAUCAGAAGAGUGUUUCAGAGACAGUCUCAGAUCCUAUCAGUAAUCCAUUCCUAUGUAAAUUUCUCUUCAGAAGGAAAAUCCGUCAAGAGACAAUGUUCAGUUUCAUGCAUCUCAGUUUUCAGGAGUUCUUCACUGCUCUUUACUAUGUCCUGAUGAGUGAAGAAGAGUCUCAAAUGAAGGUGAGAGAUUUGCUUCAACCUUUUAAGACAUCAGGGUACCAAAAUUAUAUCAGCACAGAGAAACUGCCCCUCCUGCCAGUGAUCCAGUUUAUCUGUGGUCUGUCUAAUAAAGACGUGAGCAGCUCUCUCAUAGAGUCACAGAGUCUGUCUGUUUCUGUCACCAUCCAAGACCAAAUAAAGGAAUGGAUUCUUAACUUCCUUGUGAGAGGAGUAUUGUCUCAGGGUUCUCAUAUGAGAACAUUCAUCUUUCAUUGUCUCUACGAGCUCCACGACGAUGAUUUUGUGCGGAAAGCUGUGGAGAGCUGGGAAAACAUUGAUUUUAUAUGUACACCCCUGAAGAGGACAGACUGUUGGGUGCUGGGAUACUGUCUACAGUUCUGUCCACACAUCAGAAAACUCUCUCUCAGAGGCUGCAGCAUCACACCAGAGACCCUGAAGAUUCUUCAGCCUGCAGUGUGCAGGAGUGAGGAGUUAGAGUUGGAGGUAGAGAACCUGUCAGAUGAUGAUGUUGGUGUUCUGAUCUCAGCUCUGGGAGAAGAAAAAGACCUGACUUCCCUGAGACUGCAGAAGAGUGUUCUGUCAGAUCAGGGUGUGCAACAGAUCCUGAACUCUCUCAACAAACAGAAGUCUGUGCAUGAACUUCACCUCAUAGUGAAGACCAUCACUACCAACACUGCUGUUAUGAUCAUAGAGUUUUUCCAGAGUAAACCGAAUAUGCGGUGCAUAAGUGUUGAGGUGAAUGAAGACAGUGAUUUCAGACCCAACUUAUCUCUCAGUGUGUCAGAGAUAAGAGACAGAGACCUCAGGGUGCAUAUUGAUCAUGUCAGACGGACUACAUCCUCAGAGAUAGAUGAAUCCUCAGUGAUCUCCAGACCACGGACUAAGGCACCACUCUCAGUAACCAGUUUCACCUGUCCUCACUCAGAGAUUUCCAACAUCAACUGGACAACAUUCACCCAGAUCAUUUAUGGAGAAAAUGUCUCCAGAGAAAAGUAUACAGACCUAGAUGAGCAGUUUGAUGCUCUGCUGUCUUUCCUGAGCUCUGUGCCUGGUCUGGAGAGUGUUCAUCUGUAUGUGAACAGACUGACUGAGAGCUGGGCUGCCAUGAUCCUAUCCCUCAUCCAGACCUGCCCCAGUCUAUGUGACAUCUUUGUUACAGUAAAGGGGCAAAAUGAUGAGAGUCUCUGCUCGUUGCUCAGAAUGUUUGUCACAGAUGGAGACUUCAGGUUGUUACUUGAAGAUGACAGAUGGAAGUUUAGAUCCUCAGAGAUCUCCAGACCACAAACUGAACCAUCACUCUCAGAAAUCAGUCUCACCUGUCCACAUUCAGGGACAUCCAACGUCAACUGGACAACAUUCAUCCAGAUCAUUUAUGGAGUAAAAAUCUCCAGAGAAAGGUAUACAGACCUAGAUGAGCAGUUUGAUGCUCUGCUGUCUUUCCUGAGCUCUGUGCCUGGUCUGGAGAGUGUUCAUCUGAAUGUGAACAGUCUGACUGAGAGCUGUGCUGUCAGGAUCCUCUUCCUCAUCAAGACCUGCCCCAGUCUAUGUGACAUCUUGUGGACAUGCACUAAAACUUCAGACCAGUGCACUCGCAAUGAGGACUGCAACCUAAAAGUGAAACUUCAGUUGUGUGGAGAGAGUUUUGAUUCCACAGAGUCUGAUGAGCAGUUGGAUGGUCUGCUGUCUUUCCUGAGCUCUGUGUCUGGUCUGAAGGAAUUGGUUCUGAAUGUGAACAGUCUGACUCAGAGCUGGGCUGCCAGGAUCCUCUCUCUCAUCCAGACCUGCCCCAGUCUACAGGACAUCAGAUAUACAGACCUAGAUGAGCAGUUUGAUGCUCUGCUGUGUUUCCUGAGCUCUGUGUCUGGUCUGGAGAGGGUUCAUCUGAAUGUGAACAGUCUGACUGAGAGCUGUGCUGUCAGGAUCCUCUUCCUCAUCCAGACCUGCCCCAGUCUACAGGACAUCAGGCUUGAAGUGGGUUCAAACAGUGAUGAGGGUCUUUGCUCGUUACUCAUAGUGUCGGUCACAAAUGGAGACUUCAGGUCUCCAGAGCUGGGGUUGCGUGACCAGUUGGAUUCUCUGCUGUCUUUCCUGAACUUUGUGCCUGGUCUAAAGAGGGUGGAUCUAGAUGUGGACAGUCUGACUGAGAGCUGGGCUACCAGGAUCCUCUCCCUCAUCCAGACCUGCCCCAGUCUACAGGACAUCAGGUGGACAUGCACUGAAACCUCAUACCAGUGCACUAAACUGGGACAUCACAGUGACGGCUGCAACCUAAGAGUGAAUCUUCAGUUGUGUGGAGAGAAUUUUAAUUCCACAGAGUUUGAUGAGCAGUUCCAUGAUCUGCUGUCUUUCCUGUGCUCUGUGCCUGGUCUGAAGGAUGUCCAUAUGACUGUAUGGAGACUGACUGAAAGUUAUGCUGCCAGGAUCCUCUCCCUCAUCCAGACCUGCCCCAGUCUACAGGACAUCAGUUUUAAAGCUGGUGAUGUUGGGAAAGGUUUAUUACUGGAGGAGGGAAUCAGGUUACUGCAGCACUCUCAGAUACGUCCAGACUGCACUCUGACUGUUGAGGGGUGUGUUAAAACUCAGGAGACUCAGAACGUGGGCGUGGCUGAACAGAGGAUUGGCUGGAAGCAGGUGGAGAUGCACUAA